AUGUCAAUUGAUCCUGUCAUUUCUAUUGCGUGGGAUGCCUUCAAGUGUGUGGUUGUUCCCAUCAAGCGUCAAUUCGGAUACGUUACCUCCUCCAAGAGCUACGCCCAGGAUCUUCAGAAAGAAGUUGGGAAGCUGGCAUACGAGGCUGAGACGGUCCAAAAUGCCGUGGAAGUGGCCAGAAACAAUAGUCGGAAUGUCUACAGUUAUGUCACGCAGUGGCAGGCAAAUGUUGAGAAGGCCUUGAACGAGGCGCGAGACUUGCUGGACGACUUCGAAAAGGCAACCAAGACUUGCUGCUAUGGGAAUCUUCCCGUACCCAGUUGUCGCUAUCAGUUCAGCAGGACGGCCAAGGACAAGAUCGAGGGCAUUCAACGACUCACUCAAGAAUAUAGUCAAUUCAAGGAUAUCUCCUCCAGCGGUCCUGCUCCAGGGAAUGUUGCUGCUUCGACUCCGGCCAGGAGAGAGGACAAAGAUGUCGUCCAGUCGGCCACCACGAUGGCCUUUGCUUCUUUUGCCUCGAUGUCGAUUAAGCUUAACGACGACCACAUCGUCAAAUCCAGAGAAUUGAUCAUGCAAGAGAUCAUGGCCGCUCUUGCCGAUAACAACAAUAGCGUCGUCGGGAUUCAUGGGAUGGGUGGAGUCGGCAAGUCUACCCUAUUGGACAAUGCCGAAAGGAGAAUAAGGAAAGAGAAGUGGUUUGAUUGGGUCGCUAAGGCUGAUGUGUCAGAAAAUCAAGACAUAAAGAGGAUUCAAGGAGAGAUUGCGCAUGCGCUGGACCUGGACAUAAAGGAUGUAGAGUAUGUCAAUCCGCGAGCAGAGCGUUUGCGCAUGAGGAUGGAAAAUGAGGUGAGGGAGAAAAAGAAGGUCCUUAUAAUACUGGACAACCUAUGGAAGGGGCUUGACUUGAAAUCAGUGGGCAUUCCUUGUGGACAUGACAACAAAGUCAUAGGAUGCAAGUUGUUACUGACGUCAAGAUUUCAAGAUGUUUUACAAAGGGAAAUGGGCUGCGACAGGGACUUCCGCCUUUAUGAGCUGAAGGAGGAAGAGGCAAAAAGUUUGUUUGAGAGGACGGUGGGAGAGAAAGUUCUUGAUGACCCAUUCAAAUCCUUGGUGGAUGAAGUACUCCGUAAGUGUGCAGGUUUGCCCUUUCUAAUUAUCGUGAUGGCCAAACUUUUCAAAUACACUGAUUUUUCUCAAUGGGAGGAUGCUUUGAAACAAAUUGAGAUGUCUACAAAUAAAGGAAUCAGUGGGAGGAUAAAUGAGAUGUUGCAGUUGAGUUAUAAUCAUUUCGAAGGGGAGGACGGCAAGGAGGUGAAGUCAUUGUUACGACUCUGUGUUGUUUAUGGUGUCUCUAAACCUUCUCUUGAAUACUUGAUGAGGUACAGUGUGGGUUUGAAGUUAUUUGGAGAAAAUAGUAGCAUGAAAGAAGCGAGAAAUAGGUUGAGCUCAUUGAUCCAAACUUUGCAAGCAUCCUCCCUUUUGUUAGGUGAUGAAGAUGCUGAUGGUUUCAAGAUACAUGACUUGGUUCGUGGAUUUGUUGCAUCGGUCGCUUCAAAAGAUGACCCUCUUCUCGUGUUGAAAGAUAAUGAUAAGUCACUGACAGAGUUGCCAAGGGACAAGCUUAAAAGUUGUACGGCGGUAUGCUUUCCCUACGUUGACAUGGAGGAGCUUCCUGAAGAGUUAGAUUGCCCCGAAAUGCGGAUCUUUUUGUUUUUCACAAACAAUGAAUCUUUUAAGGUCCCAGAUUUAUAUUUCAACUCUAUGAGAAAACUCAUGGUCUUACAUCUUUCUCAAGUACGUCUCACUCGUUCACCUUCGCCAUUUCAGUUCUUGGAUAACUUGCACACUCUAUGUCUUGAUGGUUGUUCAAUAGAGGAUGUAGUCAUGAUUGGCGAGCUAAAAGGGCUACGUAUUCUCAGCUUUGUGAACUCCAAAAUUCAACAAUUGCCAAAAGAAAUUGGACAAUUGGUAGAGCUGAGGUUGUUAGACUUAAACCAUUGCUCACGACUUGAGAUAAUUGAACCGGGUGUGCUUGGAAGAUUGAUGAAAUUGGAGGAGUUGUAUAUGGAGAAUAGUUUUGAUCGAUGGAAUGUUGCGGAUCAAACUCCACCAACUAAUGCCAAGCUUAUUGAGUUGAAUAACUUGAAGCAUCUUUGCACUUUGCAUGUGUCUAUUCUCGAUCCAAGUGUGCUCCCUGAGGAUCUAAAUGUCGAGAAAUUAACCAAAAAGGAUGCAUACAAACUUUACUAG